GAAGCAUUACAAGAUUGCCACUUUGCAAACUCCCUCUUCCUUUUCUGCAGCGAUUCGGAAAUCAAUCUGCAGACUCAGCAUACCAUGGUCACAGAAAUUCACUUCCUCCUAUGGAUUCUUCUGCUCUGCAUGCUUUUUGGGAAGUCACACACUGAAGAAGACGUCAUAAUUACAACCAAGACUGGAAGAGUCCGAGGGCUGAGCAUGCCCAUUCUAGGUGGCACAGUGACUGCCUUUCUCGGUAUCCCCUAUGCACAGCCUCCUCUGGGUAGCCUAAGAUUCAAAAAGCCACAACCUUUAAACAAAUGGCCUGAUGUCUAUAAUGCCACUAAAUAUGCAAAUUCUUGUUAUCAGAAUAUAGAUCAAGCCUUCCCAGGCUUCCAGGGGUCAGAAAUGUGGAAUCCAAACACGAACCUCAGUGAAGACUGCUUGUAUCUGAAUGUUUGGAUUCCAGUACCUAAGCCCAAGAAUGCGACUGUCAUGGUGUGGGUCUAUGGUGGUGGCUUUCAAACUGGGACCUCCUCUCUACCCGUUUAUGAUGGGAAAUUUCUCACUCGUGUUGAAAGAGUUAUUGUAGUUUCAAUGAACUAUAGGGUAGGUGCCCUAGGAUUCCUAGCUUUUCCAGGAAAUUCUGAGGCUCCAGGAAACAUGGGUUUAUUUGAUCAACAGUUGGCACUUCAGUGGAUCCAAAGAAAUAUAGCUGCUUUCGGAGGGAAUCCUAAAAGUGUAACACUUUUUGGAGAAAGUGCAGGAGCUGCUUCAGUUAGCUUACAUUUGCUAUGUCCCCAAAGUUACCCUUUGUUUACUAGAGCCAUUCUAGAAAGUGGCUCCUCUAAUGCCCCCUGGGCAGUAAAGCAUCCAGAGGAAGCCAGAAACAGAACCUUAACCUUAGCUAAAUUUAUUGGUUGCUCAAAGGAGAAUGAGAAGGAGAUAAUUACAUGCCUUCGAAGUAAAGAUCCUCAGGAAAUUCUUCUGAAUGAAAAGUUAGUUCUCCCCUCUGAUUCCAUCAGAUCGAUUAAUUUUGGUCCAACAGUGGAUGGCGAUUUUCUCACUGAUAUGCCCCACACACUACUCCAACUUGGAAAAGUGAAAACAGCUCAGAUCUUAGUGGGUGUUAACAAGGAUGAAGGGACAGCUUUCCUAGUGUACGGUGCUCCUGGUUUCAGCAAAGACAAUGAUAGUCUUAUCACACGGAGGGAAUUUCAAGAAGGUUUAAAUAUGUAUUUCCCUGGAGUGAGCAGCUUGGGAAAGGAAGCAAUCCUUUUCUACUAUGUGGACUGGUUAGGUGACCAGACACCGGAAGUCUACCGUGAAGCUUUCGAUGAUAUUAUUGGAGAUUACAACAUCAUAUGCCCUGCACUGGAGUUUACCAAGAAAUUUGCAGAACUAGAAAUUAAUGCCUUUUUCUACUAUUUUGAACACCGAUCUUCCAAACUACCUUGGCCAGAAUGGAUGGGAGUAAUGCAUGGCUAUGAAAUUGAAUUUGUGUUUGGCUUACCCCUGGAAAGAAGAGUUAAUUACACAAGGGCUGAGGAAAUCUUUAGUCGAUCCAUAAUGAAAACUUGGGCAAAUUUUGCAAAAUAUGGACAUCCCAAUGGGACUCAGGGCAAUAGCACAGUGUGGCCUGUCUUCACAAGUACUGAACAAAAAUACCUAACCUUGAACACAGAGAAGUCAAAAAUAAACUCUAAACUCCGGGCUCCCCAGUGCCAAUUCUGGAGACUAUUUUUUCCAAAAGUCUUGGAAAUAACAGGAGAUAUUGAUGAAAGGGAGCAAGAGUGGAAGGCAGGAUUCCAUCGCUGGAGCAAUUACAUGAUGGACUGGAAAAAUCAAUUUAACGAUUACACUAGCAAGAAAGAGACUUGUACAGAUCUCUAA